AUGUCUCAACUUUCUAUUGGUUCAAUUGGUACGAUUGCUGGUGGUGGUAGUGCUCCAAUAAAUUAUUGUGCGUCAACAUGCAACAGCAGAGACAAAUGCUACAAAGAUUCGUGUCCAUUCGUAGGUGGUUGUUUUAAGAAUCAAAUUGAUUUGGACGACAACAACAAGUGUACUAUCGAUACCUGUAACUAUUUGACGGGUGUAGUUAGAACCGCUGUCACUUGUAACGAUGGAAAUGCCAAUACCAUAGAUAGUUGCGAUCCAAAGACUGGCUGUGUCUACACACCGUUCUUUUGUUUGAAUAGCUCGGCUUGCCCAACACCAAACACCAACCCAUGCAUCACCUAUUUCACACAGAACAACAAGUGCUGUCAGAAACCAACCGCUUGCAACGACUACAAUGCAUGCACUGCUGACGGAUGCUCGCCAACCAGUGGAUGCACCUUUGUCAAUAUCACUUGCAACGAUAACAAUCCAUGCACCAACGAUUUCUGCUCGCCAUCGACCGGUUGCUACUUUACACCAAACAACAAGUGUGAUGACAACAAUCUCUGUACUAUCGACCAAUGCAACUCUGCCAAUGGUAACUGUAUCAAUAGUCCAGUGAAUUGUGACGAUGGUAACUCGAAUACCAUUGAUUCAUGUCAACCAAGUGUUGGCUGCAUUCACCGUGCCAGUGCCAGCAGUUGUGACGACAACAAUCUAUGCACAAUCGAUACUUUCAAUACAACUUCCAACCAAUGUCAAUACUCACUUAAAACAUGUGCAACCAACACCUUCUGUACUAUUUGGUCAUGUGAUCCAAUUCAAGGAUGCACUGCUUCAUCACCAGCAUGUGACGAUGGUAAUCCAUGUACUCUUGAUGUAUGUGAUUCAAGUACUCAAAGUUGUGCUCAUAUCAAGAAAGAUUGUAAUGAUAACAACCGAUGUACAUUCGAUACAUGCAAUACAGCCACUGGACAAUGUCAAAAUAUUCUAAACACUGUUGGAUGUACACCAUAA